AUGAUCCAGGAGUCGAUGUUGAAGGAGCUGGCGAGGUUGUUGCUGGAGCCGUUGUCGGAGCCGGGAGGAGGACGUCACAUGUGCCAGUCCAUGUUGCAGGCAGCCUUCCACGGCAGGCAGCCUUCCACGGCGGGCAGCCUUCCACGACAGACAGCCUUCCACGGCGGGCAGCCUUCCACGGCAGGCAGCCUUCUACGGCGGGCAGCCUUCCACGGCAGGCAGCCUUCCACGGCAGGCAGCCUUCCACGGCAGGCAACCUUCCACGGCAGGCAGCCUUCCACGGCAGGCAGCCUUCCACGGCGGGCAGCCUUCCACGGCAGGCAGCCUUCCACGGCAGGCAACCUUCCACGGCAGGCAGCCUUCCACGGCAGGCAACCUUCUACGGCUGGCAGCCUUCCACGGCAGGCAGCCUUCCACGGCAGGCAGCCUUCCACGGCAGGCAGCCUUCCACGGCGGGCAGCCUUCCACGGCAGGCAGCCUUCCACGGCGGGCAGCCUUCCACGGCGGGCAGCCUUCCACGGCGGGCAGCCUUCCACGGCAGGCAGCAUUCCACGGCAGGCAGCCUUCCACGGCGGGCAGCCUUCCACGGCGGGCAGCCUUCCACGGCGGGCAGCCUUCCACGGCGGGCAGCCUUCCACGGCAGGCAGCCUUCCACGGCGGGCAGCCUUCCACGGCGGGCAGCCUUCCACGGCAGGCAGCCUUCCACGGCGGGCAGCCUUCCACGGCGGGCAGCCUUCCACGGCGGGCAGCCUUCCACGGCGGGCAGCCUUCCACGGCGGGCAGCCUUCCACGGCAGGCAGCCUUCCACGGCGGGCAGCCUUCCACGGCGGGCAGCCUUCCACGGCGGGCAGCCUUCCACGGCAGGCAGCCUUCCACGGCGGGCAUCCUUCCACGGCAGGCAGCCUUCCACGGCAGGCAGCCUUCCACGGCGGGCAGCCUUCCACGGCAGGCAGCCUUCCACGGCGGGCAGCCUUCCACGGCGGGCAGCCUUCCACGGCGGGCAGCCUUCCACGGCGGGCAGCCUUCCACGGCGGGCAGCCUUCCACGGCGGGCAGCCUUCCACGGCAGGCAGCCUUCCACGGCAGGCAGCCUUCCACGGCGGGCAGCCUUCCACGGCGGGCAGCCUUCCACGGCGGGCAGCCUUCCACGGCGGGCAGCCUUCCACGGCGGGCAGCCUUCCACGGCGGGCAGCCUUCCACGGCGGGCAGCCUUCCACGGCAGGCAGCCUUCCACGGCGGGCAGCCUUCCACGGCGGGCAGCCUUCCACGGCGGGCAGCCUUCCACGGCGGGCAGCCUUCCACGGCGGGCAGCCUUCCACGGCGGGCAGCCUUCCACGGCAGGCAGCCUUCCACGGCGGGCAGCCUUCCACGGCGGGCAGCCUUCCACGGCGGGCAGCCUUCCACGGCAGGCAGCCUUCCACGGCAGGCAACCUUCCACGGCAGGCAGCCUUCCACGGCAGGCAGCCUUCCACGGCAGGCAGCCUUCCACGGCAGGCAGCCUUCCACGGCGGGCAGCCUUCCACGGCAGGCAGCCUUCCACGGCGGGCAGCCUUCCACGGCAGGCAGCCUUCCACGGCAGGCAACCUUCCACGGCAGGCAGCCUUCCACGGCAGGCAGCCUUCCACGGCGGGCAGCCUUCCACGGCAGGCAGCCUUCCACGGCAGGCAGCCUUCCACGGCGGGCAGCCUUCCACGGCCGGCAGCCUUCCACGGCCGGCAGCCUUCCACGGCGGGCAGCCUUCCACGGCAGGCAGCCUUCCACGGCGGGCAGCCUUCCACGGCGGGCAGCCUUCCACGGCGGGCAGCCUUCCACGGCGGGCAGCCUUCCACGGCGGGCAGCCUUCCUCGGCGGGCAGCCUUCCACGGCAGGCAGCCUUCCACGGCGGGCAGCCUUCCACGGCGGGCAGCCUUCCACGGCAGGCAGCCUUCCACGGCGGGCAGCCUUCCACGGCGGGCAGCCUUCCACGGCGGGCAGCCUUCCACGGCGGGCAGCCUUCCACGGCAGGCAGCCUUCCACGGCGGGCAGCCUUCCACGGCGGGCAGCCUUCCACGGCAGGCAGCCUUCCACGGCGGGCAGCCUUCCACGGCGGGCAGCCUUCCACGGCAGGCAGCCUUCCACGGCGGGCAGCCUUCCACGGCAGGCAGCCUUCCACGGCAGGCAACCUUCCACGGCAGGCAGCCUUCCACGGCAGGCAGCCUUCCACGGCGGGCAGCCUUCCACGGCAGGCAGCCUUCCACGGCAGGCAGCCUUCCACGGCGGGCAGCCUUCCACGGCGGGCAGCCUUCCACGGCAGGCAGCCUUCCACGGCAGGCAACCUUCCACGGCAGGCAGCCUUCCACGGCAGGCAGCCUUCCACGGCAGGCAGCCUUCCACGGCAGGCAGCCUUCCACGGCGGGCAGCCUUCCACGGCAGGCAGCCUUCCACGGCGGGCAGCCUUCCACGGCAGGCAGCCUUCCACGGCAGGCAACCUUCCACGGCAGGCAGCCUUCCACGGCAGGCAGCCUUCCACGGCGGGCAGCCUUCCACGGCAGGCAGCCUUCCACGGCAGGCAGCCUUCCACGGCGGGCAGCCUUCCACGGCCGGCAGCCUUCCACGGCCGGCAGCCUUCCACGGCGGGCAGCCUUCCACGGCAGGCAGCCUUCCACGGCGGGCAGCCUUCCACGGCGGGCAGCCUUCCACGGCGGGCAGCCUUCCACGGCGGGCAGCCUUCCACGGCGGGCAGCCUUCCUCGGCGGGCAGCCUUCCACGGCAGGCAGCCUUCCACGGCGGGCAGCCUUCCACGGCGGGCAGCCUUCCACGGCAGGCAGCCUUCCACGGCGGGCAGCCUUCCACGGCGGGCAGCCUUCCACGGCGGGCAGCCUUCCACGGCGGGCAGCCUUCCACGGCAGGCAGCCUUCCACGGCGGGCAGCCUUCCACGGCGGGCAGCCUUCCACGGCAGGCAGCCUUCCACGGCGGGCAGCCUUCCACGGCGGGCAGCCUUCCACGGCCGGCAGCCUUCCACGGCGGGCAGCCUUCCACGGCAGGCAGCCUUCCACGGCAGGCAACCUUCCACGGCAGGCAGCCUUCCACGGCAGGCAGCCUUCCACGGCGGGCAGCCUUCCACGGCAGGCAGCCUUCCACGGCAGGCAGCCUUCCACGGCGGGCAGCCUUCCACGGCAGGCAGCCUUCCACGGCGGGCAGCCUUCCACGGCAGGCAGCCUUCCACGGCGGGCAGCCUUCCACGGCGGGCAGCCUUCCACGGCGGGCAGCAGCCGUAGUGGUUGA